GCUCCACUACAAGGGAAAAGGCCGAUGAUUUCCUUUUUGCGGAAGUCAUGGCGCCGGUGAUUUUUCGCGGAAGUCAAAGGCCUGUACCAGCGGAGUGGUUUCAUCUUGAAGAAGAUCCGAG